AACCUUAGUUUAGACGCAUUCUACGGAGAUAUCGUGCUCUUCCGUACAUAUCGCGGAACAGAGAAAGAGAAGGAGGGAAGAAGACAGAGAGAGAGAGAGAGAGAGAGAGAGAGAGAGAGAGAGAGAGAGAGAUAGAGAAAGAUAGAGAAAGAUUAGAGAAAGAGAGAGAAGAGAGAGAGAGAGACCGAGAGAGAGACAGAGACAGAGAGAAAGAGAGAGAGAGAGAUAGUUAUACUCACAAACACACAAAUACGAAUUACGUUCGUUAAUAGUACGAGUCUCUGUUCACAAGAAGAAGAAACAAGAGGUAAACGAGAACGAUAGAAACGUCGAACUUGUGAGGAACAAAAAAACGCAACAGGGUGACUUGUUCUUUUUUUUUUUUCCCUUUUCUCCCUUUUUUAUUUUCCCCAACUCUUCCACGCCAUAUUUCACGAGAGGAUAUUACGCGUAGAAGCACCGAGGAAGAAGAGAAAAGCAGUGUGACUCCGUCGUUGAGAAUGAAUAGCUGAGAUAUAGAAUCGUAGAAGUCCGAGAAGGAGCGAUGAGCGGUUCUCGGCUUGGAAGAGGUCGAGGUGGACGCCUGGCUGUGUACGGGGGUUGCGGGGUGGUGAUCAUAUUAUUGGUGUUUCUUUACCGCGCCGCCACCUCAGAGAUGGCCAGGCUACGUGAUCUUCAUAUCCAGUGCGUUCAUCAACACGAGUCACUUGCUGCACAACUUCAAGUGAUAUUCGAGUACAAGGUACGACUAGAAAAAUCUUUGGCCGAGGAGAAAAGUUCGAAUGCCGCUGUGAAACAGGAACUUCAGCAACGUGCCUCCCGAGAGAAAUCUUUGAGAGAUAAGGACAGUAUAGAGGCGAUGCAGAGAUUCAAUUCGCUUCAGCAGACCUAUAAGAUACUUCAGACCGAGCAUCAGGAUCUUCAGGAAGAGUAUAAGAAACGCGAGAAACAGGUAUUGGAGGAAACGAACAGGUUGGAAUCUACUCUUCAAGAUCUUCAUAGUCGUAUCAGACAGACGAACGAGGAUAAAGAGAAAAUUAUUGGGGAGAAGGAUAGGACAUUGGAAAAUUUUAAAAACAAAUAUUUGGAAUUGGAUACGGAGAAGACUAAGUUGGAGGAAAAGUACAAUGAUUUGAUGAAGAGUACUGGUAACACCGAUAGUACGAUCGAACAUUUGAGAAAGGAGGUCAUACAACUUAAACGAGAAUUGGACAAUGAAAAGAAACGAUGCAAAUCAACAUUAUUAUCGGAGACAAGUCUGAUUAGUCCUAAACAGUCGCUGCCAGGUGAACAAAAUAUGCCGGAUAAUACAGCGAUAGAUCCAACACAGGAAGAACGUCAACAGGCACAGCAACAGCAACAACAACAACAACAACAACAACAAAAUGUACAGGUAAGUCGGCCGAACAACGACGAUGAAAUGAAUUCAGAACCUCUGCCCGCUCCUCGCAAUCAUCACGCGAUCGGGGAUGCAUUAUCGAACGAGAGGAACAUUCAGGAUGAACAGGACGACGUUUUACCGAAUCAGGAACAAAGUAAUGUAAGAUUUGCACCGGAAGAUGAUAACAUCAUACCGGUAGGUCCUAACGAAGUUAAAGAUGAGGAACAACAAAAAUUAUUACCAUUGCCUUAUGAUCUAAGAGACAAACGAAAUAAAAAAGAGGAAGGUUUCCCUUCAGCCGAGGAUGUUGCCGAGGAGGAAUUAGAGAAAAAAAAUACGGACGUAGAUGGUGUACAGGAUCUACAAAAGCAGGUUCUGGCACCACCGAAAAAAUCAUCCUCGAAAGAACCUACCGAUCUCGAGAAUAAAAUUUUAAACGAGAAGUCACCGAAUACCGAUGAUACUGAUACUCUGGCCCGGCCGGAUGCACAAAAUAAUUUUCCUGACUUUAGAGAUACCGAUAAUGAGGCGCCGGCUGAUGCUUGGCAACAGAAAGAGGAAGUAGGGAAUAUUAUUGUCUCGUCGAGCUCGAUGAAAACUAUACCAGUAUUGAAAUUGGACACCAGCACAAAAUCUAACAGCAUAAUCGAUUCCGUGUCUUCUAACAAAGCUGUUAAAAUCGCUUCGAAGGUGAAAAUUCCACCUGGUGUAUUACCAAUUUUAAUGAUAAUGGAUCAAAAUGCCGAGAAGAUCGAGAAGGAGAAGAUCAAUGAAAAAUUAUUAAAGAACGACGAAUCCGUCGUUCAGAAUAUAGCUUUGAAGAAGAAGGAAGUUAUAUCGGAAGUAAAUAGUAAGGAAAAGGAGAAUGAAGUUAACGAGAACGAUAACGAUAACGAUAACAUAGAUCCACCGUAUAAAAGUUUGUCUGGGAAUAAACAUGGCGUUGAUCAGAUUGUUGGUGGUAGACGACAAAAUGGCAAUUGGUUUAAGGUGAAACCGGGCGUACAAGAAUUUGGCGAGGAACCCAAUCCGAUCGAUCGAUUGCCUGGAUUGGAAAGCGUCGUUGACAGACAAUUCGGUGCAGGUGAGGAACAAUACGUUGGUGCGGAAUACGAACCUCAAGCUCAAAAAAUAGAAGAUUUGCGUUUGGCUGAGGGCGAAGAGGAAGAAGACGAGGAUGAUCCCGAGGAUGCUAUAUGAACGAGAAAAUGUAAACGACGAACGAGGCUAAUUUUUUUACGAGACAAAUCGUAAUCUUAAUCGUAUUUAAUGAUAAAUCAUCCACCCGCGCUAUACACUGCGAGAUGAUAUUCUUCGUAUAUAUAUUUUUCUAAUUUGUUUUU